GCUGUUCUGUUUCCUGGUGAAAGGUGGCUGGCUGCUGGGUGGUGGUGGUGUGUGAGAGGACAUGGCGCUGCCCUGGAGGCAGUGUAGCUGGUGCAUGUUUGGCAAUCACGGGGUGACAUUAAUAAACAACCUGUGUCGCACCCAACAAAGGACACUAGCCAUCACGGGUGUGUGGAUUAGGAGGACGGGCACCGUGGCCAUCCUGGGCACCACUAACAGCACUGGAUGCGAGGCUGUAGCUUUUACCAAGAAACCGAACACUCGGUGGAGGAAUAGCUUCAGAUUGUUUCACACUAUGCAAAAUAGAUGUUGCUGCAGUAAUGUGAGUAGUGAUGAACAACUGAAGGACCCCUUCAAACUUGUUCAAAAAGACUUGAAGAAUCUCUGUGAGGACAUUAAAAAGGAGCUGUUUGUUUCCAAAACAGAACUGAAAUCUCUGUGUGAUUAUUACUUUGAUGGAAAAGGAAAAGCUUUCCGACCAAUGAUUGUGGUGCUAAUGGCUCGUGCAUGCAAUCUUCACAGCAACAGAGACAGAGAGCUGCUUCCAGGCCAGCGCUCAAUAGCUAUGAUCUCAGAAAUGAUUCACACUGCAAGCCUCGUUCAUGACGAUGUAAUCGAUGGCUCUGACACCCGGAGAGGGAAAACCACUGUGAAUGAAGUCUGGGGUGAAAGAAAGGCCAUACUUGCAGGAGAUUUUAUGCUCUCUGUGGCAUCUCUGGCACUGGGUCGUCUUGGCAACACCACUGUGGUAUCAGUCUUAUCUCAGGUCAUCGAAGAUUUAGUACGGGGGGAAUUCAUGCAGCUGGGUUCAAAGGAGGCCGAGAACGAGCGAUUUAAACACUACCUCGACAAAACCUUUAAGAAGACUGCCAGUCUUAUAGCAAACAGUUGUAAAGCAGUGUCUCUUCUUGUAAGCUCUGACCCAGCGGUCCACGAGAUUGCUUUUCAGUAUGGAAGGAAUGUAGGAAUCGCAUUCCAGCUGGUAGAUGACGUAUUGGAUUUUACAUCUUGUGCAAAUCAACUGGGAAAGCCAUCAGCAGCAGAUCUCCGGCUUGGUUUAGCCACAGGACCAGUCCUAUUUGCUUGUCAGCAGUUUCCAGAGCUCCAUGAAAUGAUAAUGAGAAGGUUCAGUUCAGCAGGAGAUGUGGAGCGUGCCUGGCAAUAUGUACUGCAGAGCAAUGGUGUCCAACAAACUACCUACCUCGCCCGGCGUUAUUGCAAAGAAGCUAUCCGACAGAUCAGCAAGCUGUCUCCUUCCCCAGAGAGGGAGGCUCUCAUACAACUCACAGAAAUCAUUCUGAUUCGUGACAAGUGACAUCUGAAACUCCUCUGUCCAAGGCAGCUAUCUCUCUGGACAGUGCCUGCAGAACCAACAGUGGUUUGUCCACAGUAAUGGAGUAGAGGGGGUUUGUAAAUAUUCACCCAGGACUGAAAGAAACAUCUCCGGAUUACAAAUCUGCACUGUUAUUGCCCAAAGAAAGAUUCUGCUAAUCCCAUUACUCCAGACAGAACACGUGGGCUUUUUAAAAUCAAGGAAAUCAGGUGGUGGUUUUGCGUGGACUUGUUUACAUUGUUCUAUACAAACCAUCUAAACUGCAAGACCAGUGUGGGUGUUCUGGUCUGCUUACACUGACAUGGUGUACAUGUUAUAAAUUCACAAUUAUAACAAAGGCCUUAAUUCCUCAAGCACCAGUAUAAUCAAAUUUACAUAAAGCCAAUAUUUUUUAAUUACUGUUCUGCCUGUGUCUUAUUUAAUUACCACAGUAACAAAUGUAUAUAGGAGAAUGAUUUAUUAUAAAAGACUGUACAGAAACUUCAAUUAACAGGUUAUAUACAAACGAAAAGGUAGAAAAUUAUUAUUUUUUUGUUUAAAGAAAAGUUGUUAGUUACAGAACACUUAACGUUUAUUAUAACAAAGCAAACAGACAACAGGAUCGAGGCAUUGUUAGCUGAAAGCCAGAAAAGUUAAAAGUUAGUGGUCAUUUAAGACCUGAGUUUAACUUCUAGCGUUACGGCUGUAUUUUCUUACACAGCAGGUCCAGAUGAAUUGUACAAAAAUGUGAUCUGUGAAAAAACUACAGCUUUUUCUAAAUCAAGAGUCAAGAUGAUAAUUAUUUGGUUAAAAGGAGAAAUGGUAAGUUUAAACAAAAAAAAAAUGAUAUAGGCUCUCAUACAGCUCACAGAAAUCAUAAAUAUAAUCAUGUUUUCAUUUUUGUUUCCUAUCCUGUAUGGCCAUGUCACAAUAUUCUACUGUGCUCACCAAGGUAACAGAAAAGUAUGGUAUAACACUGGUCUACUAAACACUAGGCAUCCCAGUCUUUUCCUGUACAUCAGAUUGCUUCUCCUUGUCAGUAACACAAGACUGAUGAUCAAAAUACAUCUCCAUUUAAGUCUUAAAACAGUGGAAUUGGUUCAGCUUAUUUAAUAUGGCACUUUCAUUUCACACAAAUUGGAAAAAAUCAAACAAUUCACAAAUACAAUGUUGAUUAUAUUAAGGUUAAAAAGAUUGCAAAUUGUCAAAUUUCAGGGUAACUCAUGGUCCAUGAUUAGUGCUAAUCAGGCUCUGAAAUCAGCAGAUAAUUUACAAUAGCAAUAGGUGCGCUAUGUGACAUUAAGUUAAACUACUAAAACUUACCUUAAAAAAAAAAAAAAAAAGUAAACAGUAUCACUGCAAUAAACUGCAGCAGACCUUGACAUUUAGUGCUUGCUAGGCAAUCCUCACUGUACAAGUCAUUGGACAGUAUAGGAGGGGCCUUGAAUUCACUUUCACAUUCAUGGCCUUGUUUAAAAAAAAAAAAACAAUAGGAGUCUUGUACUAAUUCUCACUGCGUCAUUUACACACCAUUUACACCAUGCUCUGACCUGGUAUGUGAUGGGGGACUACUGUAUUUAAACACACGUAAACAAUUGCAACAAGUCUAUCUGUUCAUUUCAGGAUAGUUUACAUUAUAUAUAAAAUGUGUUGCUAGAAUGAGAUGUAAUAGCCACGGAAAAUAACACAUGAAAAUAAAAGAUGGGAGGGGCAACAAACAGGUGUAAAAUCCAAGUACUUUAAUUCUGGUCCACUAGACUGUUCUGGUUUAUGGAAUGCUCGUUGCAGCAUGGCAGUAUUUCAAUUUAAAUUCGGGAAAUCAAACAGUUCCAUGAUACAGAUCAGGUAAAACCCAGAAAGAUCCCACAGAGCAUGCUUACACUUACAGCCUCCAAUACAAAUUGUAAUAAUUUCAAAAUGCUAGCACAUUCUCAUCGGAUUUGUUCCUGUUUUUCAGGGUAAUGGUU